UCGGUUCUCUUUCAAUUACCGCUCCCUCUGAAAAUCCAAUUCAACAGAAUUACAAGUUGUGAGUGGUGAGAAAAUGGCAUCAAAUUUAGAACCAAUACCAAUAACAUCACAGAAACAUGACCCAGCAUGGAAACAUUGUCAGAUGUUUAGGAAUGGUGAAAGGGUGCAAUUGAAGUGCAUAUAUUGUGGCAAAAUAUUUAGAGGUGGUGGGAUUCAUAGGAUUAAGGAACAUUUGGCUGGUCAAAAGGGUAAUGCUUCUACUUGUUUCCACGUUCCAUCUGACGUUCGUCUUCUAAUGCGAGAAAGUUUGGAUGGGGUUGAAGUGAAGAAGAGGAAAAAGCAAAAGAUUGCAGAGGAGAUGAGUAAUGCUAAUCAGGUUUCUAGUGAGAUAGAUACGUAUGAUAAUCAGGUUGACACUAAUACUGGACUGCUUAUGAUUGAAGGACCAGAUACACUUCAGCCUAGUUCAAGUUUGUUAGUUAAUCGAGAAGGAACAAGUAAUGUUUCUGGGGAUAGGAGAAAGAGGGGAAAAGGUAAAAGUUCUGCUGCUGAGUCUAAUGCUCUUGUAGUUAACACAGUUGGGUUAGGUGCAAAGAGAGUAAACAAUCAUGUACAUGUGGCCAUAGGGCGAUUUUUGUUUGAUAUUGGAGCACCUUUGGAUGCAGUUAAUUCAGUUUAUUUCCAGCCAAUGGUUGACGCUAUUAUCUCAGGAGGAUCUGGGGUGGUAAUGCCUUCGUGUAGUGAUCUUCAAGGUUGGAUAUUGAAGAAAUCAGUGGAAGAAGUGAAGAGCGAUAAUGAUAAAGUAACAGCAGCAUGGGUAAGGACCGGUUGUUCUAUUCUGGUUAAUCAAUGGAACACUCAAACUGGUAGAAUCUUGCUGAACUUUCUGGUGUAUUGUCCUGAAGGAACAGUGUUUUUGAAAUCUGUGGAUGCCUCUAGUGUAAUAAAUUCUUCAGAUGCUCUGUAUGAAUUACUUAAGCAAGUGGUGGAAGAAGUUGGAUCUAAGCAUGUCUUACAAGUAAUCACUAAUGCUGAAGAACAAUAUAUUGUUGCUGGGAGGAGGUUAGCUGAAACUUUCCCUACUCUGUAUUGGACCCCUUGUGCAGCACAUUGUAUAAACUUGAUACUUGAAGAUUUUGCGAAACUUGAGUGGAUAAAUGUGAUAAUUGAGCAAGCUAGAUCUAUUACGAGAUUUGUCUAUAACCAUAGUGUUGUGUUGAAUAUGGUAAGAAGGUAUACUUUUGGCAAUGAUAUUGUAGAACCAGCAGUCACUUGCUCAGCUACAAACUUUACAACAUUGAAACAGAUGAUUGAUCUUAAGAACAACUUGCAGGCUAUGGUUACUUCACAGGAGUGGAUGGACUGCCCAUAUUCAAAGAAACCAGGGGGACUGGAGAUGUUGGAUUUAGUGAGUAAUCCAUCAUUUUGGUCCUCCAGUGUUCUGAUUACCCAGUUAACCAAUCCUCUCCUUCGAGUUCUGAGAAUGGUUGGGAGCAAGAAGAGGCCUGCAAUGGGAUAUGUUUAUGCUGGAAUGUAUCGGGCAAAAGAAACAAUUAAAAAAGAAUUAGUUAAAAGGAAUGAGUAUAUGAUCUAUUGGAAUAUUAUAGAUCACUGGUGGGAACAACAAUGGCAUCAUCCUCUUCAUGCUGCUGGUUUCUACCUUAAUCCCAAGUUCUUUUAUAGCAUGGAAGGAGACAUGCCUAAUGAGAUGCUGUCAGGGAUGCUUGAUUGUAUAGAGAAAUUGGUUCCUGAUGUAAAAGUCCAGGAUAAAAUUAGCAAGGAGAUAAACUCAUACAAGAAUACCGUUGGAGAUUUUGGGAGGAAGAUGGCAGUUAGAGCUAGAGAUACUUUACUUCCUGCUGAAUGGUGGUCAACAUAUGGAGGAAGUUGUCCAAAUUUGGCUCGUUUGGCUAUCCAUGUCCUUAGUCAAACUUGCAGUACUCUUGGGCUUAAGCAGAAUUCAAUUCCUUUUGAAAAAUUGCAUGAAACAAGGAACUUCUUAGAGCAGCAGCGGUUCAGGGACCUCAUCUUUGUUCAAUGCAACUUGCAAUUAAGACAAAUAGGUUGUGAAAGCAAGGAACAGGUUUCUAUGCAACCCAUGUCAUUUGAUGCAACCAUUGAAGACUGGGUGAUGGGAAAUGACACAUUUUUGGAGGACUAUACUCAUUCAGAUUGGACAGCACUUGAUCCACUUUCUGUGAACACAAUGCUUUUAGGUCCUUCAAGUGAUGAAGUUGAGGAGUUAGGUGCAGGUUUUGAUGAUUAUGAGAUUUUCAAUGGAGUGAAAGAGCAGGAAAAUGCUGAAGAUAAUGUAGUAGGCUAGCAGAAGACCAUUCAAGAAAGACCAUCUCUAAUCCAGAUAGUCUUAGAUGGUGACCUGUGUUUUCUGCACUGAUAUCAACCAGACAAAAAUAGUGUAAGUUAAUGUAAUUACUAUAUUCAUAGGAAUUGCUCCAUCAUCCUUAAAAAUAUUAGGAACAUCAACAAAGAUUAGAUUCUUACGUAGGAUCCGACAAUGUGUUAGCAAUUUUUAUCAAUUCAGGGUUGGACGAUUGUACAAAGUUCAAGUAUAGACCUGACCUUUCAUUUUAACCCAAAAAAGGGCAUUUUAAAGCACAUGCUUGACCAUUUGGCUGAUAUUUA